AUGCUGGAACAUGAACUAAGGACCAGCUGCAAACUGUCUGAACUUUACUCUCGAGGGCAAGGGGCAGUAAUGCUGACGUGCUCCCACAGUUACCCAAUGGGCUGCCCACAGCGCCAGCUGCUGCUGCUAGGGGCGGCGUGGCUGGCGGGCCCGGCCCGCGGGCAGAAUGAGACGGAGCCCAUCGUGCUGGAAGGCAAGUGCCUGGUGGUGUGCGACUCCAACCCCACGUCCGAUCCCACGGGCACAGCUCUCGGCAUCUCUGUGCGCUCCGGCAGCGCCAAGGUGGCUUUCUCUGCCAUCAGAAGCACCAACCACGAGCCGUCCGAGAUGAGUAAUCGCACUAUGAUCAUCUACUUUGACCAGGUACUAGUGAACAUCGGGAACAACUUUGAUUCAGAACGCAGUACUUUCAUCGCCCCGCGCAAAGGGAUCUACAGUUUUAACUUCCACGUGGUAAAAGUCUACAACAGACAGACCAUUCAGGUAAGCCUCAUGUUAAACGGGUGGCCGGUGAUUUCAGCCUUUGCUGGUGACCAGGACGUGACCCGGGAGGCCGCCAGCAAUGGAGUUCUCAUCCAGAUGGAGAAAGGCGACCGAGCAUACCUCAAGCUGGAGCGGGGGAACUUGAUGGGGGGCUGGAAGUACUCGACCUUCUCUGGAUUCCUGGUCUUUCCCCUCUGA